AGAUGGGGGGAGAGGGCAAGGUCUUCACUUUGGCAGAAGUUUCAGAACACAAGGAUCGCAAAGAUUGUUGGAUUGUCAUCCAUGGCAAGGUGUACGAUGUGACAAGGUUCUUGGAGGAUCAUCCCGGCGGAGAUGAAGUCUUACUCUCUUCCACAGCGAAGGAUGCAACGGACGAUUUCGAGGACAUAGGGCACAGCUCGACGGCGAAGGCGAUGAUGGAGGAGUUCUACGUGGGGGAUAUCGACACCUCGACCAUCCCGACGAAGAGGAAGUACACUCCUCCGGACCAGCCUCACUACAAUCAGGACAAGACCUCCGACUUCGUCUUCAAACUCCUCCAGUUCCUUGUCCCCGUCCUCAUCUUGGCUCUCGCCUUUGCCAUUCGCCUCUUCACCAACAAACCUUCCUCCUCUGCUUGAGCUAUAUAUAGUAUUGGAUUAUAUAUAUAUAUAUUAUAUUAUCAAAUAUACCUUAUCUUGUAUUAAGGGUUUUUUCUGUCUCUGCCAUGUAUGUUUUUCUUAAUUUACUUCUUUGAAGAGGCAUGUGUUUUCUCACUUUGUGAUAAAACUUUUGGGGUUACCUACUUCUUCCUCCAAUGAUAUUUUUUCAU